ACGUGUCCCCUUACUCACCGACGCCGUCUCCUUCCCGUUACCCCCGAACAGAUAUUAACUCAAACCCUAACCCUAUCUCUCUCUCCCCAAUUCUGACUCAGAUCCGGCGAAUAUCUCAACAAUCCAUGGACGACGAAGAGGAGAUCCGAUCUCACGCCUCCUCUUCCCCCGAUCGCUCCCCCUCGCCGGCGCCGGGAGGCGUCACCGUUACGGUGGCUUCGACAGGUCCGCCUUCCUAUUCCCUAACUCCCCCGUCCUCCUCCUCCUCGAGAGAUCCAAACGCGUUGGCUCUCGCGCUGCUUCCGACAACCGGCGGUGGCGGAGGAGGAGGUAGCAGCAGCAACGGGAGAGCGAGCGGCGGCGGCGGGAGGGAGGAUUGCUGGAGCGAGAAGGCUACGGCGGUUUUGAUCGACGCCUGGGGGGAGAGGUACAUGGAGCUGAGCAGAGGGAAUCUGAAACAGAAGCAUUGGAGAGAGGUUGCGGAGAUUGUGAGCAGUAUGGAGGAUUACGGUAAGACUGCUAAGACUGAUAUACAGUGUAAGAAUAGGAUUGAUACGGUUAAGAAGAAGUAUAAGCAGGAGAAGGUGAGGAUUGCUAACGGUGGGGGGCGGAGUAGAUGGGUGUUUUUCGAGAAGCUUGAUAGGUUGAUUGGUUCCACGGCGAAGAUUCCGGGUAUUUCUGGUGGUGGGAGUGUUGGAGGAGGGUUGAAUAAGAUUCCUAUGGGGAUUCCUAUGGAUAGCCGUUCGAAUUUGUAUCAUCAGCAAGGGAAGGCGCCGGGUUUUAAUAAUCUUGACCGGUUAAUUGGAGCUACGGCUAGGGUUACUGCUGCUUCGUUUGGCGGUGGAGGUGGAGGAGGAGGAGGAGGAUCAGUUAAUGUUCCUAUGGGAAUUCCGAUGAGUAGCCGGUCGAAUCCGUUCGGACAGCAAGGGAGGAUGAUGCCUCAGCAGCAGCAAGUGAGGACGUUACCUCAACAACAACAGCAAGGGAGGACGCUGCCUCAACAGCAACAAGUGAGGACAUUGCCUCAGCAACAGCAGGGGAUGAUGGUGAAAAGAUGCAGUGAGUCAAAACGCUGGCGUUUCAGCAAGAGGAAUGCGAGUGAUUCAGACUCGGAGUCCGAUGCGCCAAUGUCUGAUGAUGAUGAUUCCGGUGAUAGUUUACCACCUCCUCCUCUGUCCAAGAGGAUGAAGACAGAGGAGAAGAAGAGGAAGGAAGAAGGAGGAAGCAAGUGGAGGGAGCUAAGUCGUGCGAUCAUGAGAUUCGGUGAAGCUUACGAGCAAACAGAGAACGCGAAACUGCAACAGGUGGUGGAGAUGGAGAAGGAGAGGAUGAAGUUCUUGAAGGAGCUGGAGUUGCAGAGGAUGCAGUUCUUUGUGAACACACAGUUGGAGAUAUCAGAGAUUAAGCAGGAAGGGAGGAGAACGGGAAACACUAGUAAUAAUGAUCAUCACAAGAGCAGAAACAACAUGAAUGCUAUUGUCAACAACGAUGUCGGUAACUAGAGUUAUAGUUGAUUCAGGUCGUUAUUUACAUAUAUUUUAGAUUUGAGUUUGGAAAUUGUCGAGAAAGAAACUUAUUUAGGCUUUUAUCAUGAGUGUAUUAUUAAUAGUUUGCUAAACCUUUGUUUAAUUUUGGUUACGUGGAACAGAUUUUAACUUGCAUUGGAAUAGUUCUGAAUAACUAUUCUCUUUCACUCCUCUGUAGAUAUUGUCUUGUUGAGGUUGUUAAAACUUGUUUGCUGAACCUCUUGGGUUAGAUCAUGUGUUACUCUGAGAGCUGACAUUGGUUAGAACAUGACCUAAACAUCCUUGGUACAAUACAAUUGCCACUUUAAUGUUAU